AUGCUUGUUCAGGUCCUCUUGGGAACUGUAGCGGUGGCUAUUUUCAUUCAACCCAUACUAGUCUACCUACUGGAUCUCAAAGGUCUCAGGAAAUUUCCAGCGCCAUCCUAUGCCGCUCUCUCGUCCUUGUGGCGCAUCUCUCACAAUCUUCGCUGUCGACACUUUCUCGCCAUUCACCAGGCACAUGAAAAGCUCGGCACACAUGUUCGGAUUGCUCCAAAUCACGUUUCCAUCUCCGACCCCUGUGCCGUGAACGAAAUCUACGGCCACGGUGCCAAUCUCUUGAAAGAUGCCUUCUACGACGGCGGGGCGGGUCAACAUAGGAAUAUGGCCGACGCCAGAGUGAAGUCCGAACAUCAGCUCAAGAGAAAGACCUUGGCUCACAUCUUCGCGCAAAAGACCAUUGCAGGCCUCGAGCCUGUCAUUUCUCGGGGCAUUACCAAUCUGGUGAAGCAGGUGGACAAACAUGCUGCUUGCGGUGUGGACAUCAACAUGCGUCGCUACCUUAACUACUUCACCAUCGACGUCUUUUCAAAUCUUCUCUAUGGGGAGCCGCUUGGCUGCCUAGACAGGGGGGAUGAUGUUGUCAAAGCAGAGACUCCUGCUGGCAGGGUUUAUGAAGUCCCUUUCAUCAAGACACUACACAACGCUACCAUCAUCGGCACAGCUCUUGGAAUGGAAGCUACCUUGCUCCCUCUCUCGAAGAAAUUGUUUGCGUGGCAUUCCUACAAGCAAGCAGGCGUCGAUUACGAAAACAUCAUCUACCACAAUACCAGAAAGAGACUUCAGAACAAGGAUGCCGAAGGCGACAUCUUCUCAAAGCUGCUCAAAAAUGGGAAGGGAGAAGGCCUGAACCUUUCCCCAGGUCAGAUUUUGGCAGAAUGCGGCGUCAUGAUGAACGCUGGCACCGACACCACUACCGCCGCGCUGACUAACACCAUCUAUCUCCUCUACAAACACCCCAAAGUAUUGGCCAAGCUGCGGGAAGAACUCGAUGCUGCGGGCCUCUGUGGCGUCGUCCCGUCGUAUGAAGCUGUGGCCAAGCUCCCUUAUCUACGAGCAUGCAUUGAAGAGUCGCUUCGCUUGCGGCCUGCCAGUUCCAUGGGGUUGCCAAGAGUUGUACCUCAAGGCGGGCGUGUUCUGGCCGGUGAAUUCAUAUCAGAAGGCGUGACCGUCUCCGUACCAACGUACACUCUUCUUCGAAACCCUGACGCCUUUGAGAAUCCGGCAGAAUACAACCCCGAUCGCUGGUCCACUGGCGACAGAGAGAAGAUGGCUCAGUGCCAUCUACCUUUCAGCACCGGGCCACGAGCGUGCAUCGGCAGAAACAUUGCUUAUUUUGAACAACUGCUGGUAAUCUCUACCCUUGUCCGCCUCUUCGACUUUGAAUUCCUUGACAGCGGGUUUGAACUGGUCACACUUGAAAGAUUCAAUUCAAACCCUGGCGAAUUGGUACUUUCUUGUUGUCGUCGGCGGAUCUGA